CACAUCGGCUCCACGCUGCUGUGGCUGGAGCAGAGCGUGGACCUUUCUCCUAUAACCACACGUCGCGCGGCCUUUAACCAAUCUUAAACAUCGCUAUUGAUCGAUAAACGCCUUCUUCAUCGGGUCACUGUGGUCUCUGACCCGCGCUCACAUCGCAUUUAUUUUACUUUAAUCAACGAUCUUCGGAUCCUUUUGAUCAUCUGGAAGAGCAACGUGGUCCUCACGUGGACACACACCGGCAAGUACGCGCGAUCGCUCCACGGCUCAUCCAGUUCUUUUUUUUAUAGUUUAUGCUAUAGAGAUCGAGUUCCGUGGUAACGUUUUAGCUUUAGUAGUGCUAACGAGCAAACGUGUUUGUUAAAAUGGCAUCUUUAGUUUUGGAGGAUGGGACGGCGUUUGAUGGCAGGCUGUUUGGCGCCGUUGCCUCUGUGUCUGGUGAAGUUGUUUUCCAGACCGGAAUGGUGGGUUAUCCUGAAGCUCUAACAGAUCCAUCCUACAAGUCUCAAAUCCUUACUCUGACAUACCCACUAAUUGGCAAUUACGGCAUUCCUGCUGAUGAAGAUGGAGAGUUUGGACUCAGCAAGUGGUUUGAAUCUUCCAAAAUCCAUGCUGCUGCUCUCAUUGUCGGAGAGGUUUCUGAAAACCCCAGUCACUGGAGCUCAGCCAAGUCUCUGGAUCAGUGGCUUAAAGAGCAGGGCAUCCCGGGACUAGAAGGUGUUGACACCCGUCGCUUGACGAAAAAGAUCAGAGAAAAGGGAACCAUGCUGGGAAAACUUGUGGUGGCAGGAACUUCAGCAUCUGAUGUUCCGUUUGAAAAUCCGGACACUAGAAACCUUGUUAAAGAAGUUUCCAUGAAAGUACCAAGGGUUUUUAAUCCAGAGGGUACAGUGAGAAUCACUGCCAUAGAUUGUGGCAUUAAGUACAACCAGAUUCGUUGCCUUUGCCAAAGAGGAGCCCGGGUCACCUUGGUUCCUUGGGAUCAUCCGCUGGAUGUCAAGGACUUUGAUGGACUCUUUAUCAGUAAUGGGCCUGGAGAUCCUGAGUACUGUAAGGAGACUAUCGAGAAUAUACGGAAAGUUGUGUGUGUGGAUAAGCCCAAACCAGUCUUUGGAAUUUGUCUGGGUCAUCAGCUGCUGUCUUUGGUCAUUGGUGCAAAGACAUACAAAAUGAAAUAUGGUAAUCGCGGUCAUAACCAGCCUUGCAUUCAUAAAGGAACAAACCGCUGUUACAUCACCUCUCAAAAUCAUGGCUUUGCUGUGGAUCCCAAGACUCUUCCAAAAGACUGGGAUGUGCUCUUCACCAAUGCCAAUGACCAAACCAGCGAAGGCAUCGUUCAUAACCACAAACCAAUCUUCAGUGUCCAGUUCCACCCUGAACACAUGGCUGGGCCUGCAGACCUAGUCAGCCUCUUUGAUGUCUUUCUGGAUACGGUUAAAGAUGUUAAAGGCGGCAAAGUUGGGAAAUCAGUUAAGGAAAGACUGACCGAGCAUCUGGCGUUCCCUGGAUCUCCUAAACCAGAGGAGUUUGUACGUCCUCGGAAAGUUUUAAUUCUAGGUUCAGGAGGGCUUUCUAUUGGACAGGCGGGAGAGUUUGACUAUUCUGGAUCUCAGGCUAUAAAAGCUCUAAAGGAAGAGAACAUUCAGACCGUUCUCAUUAACCCAAACAUUGCCACGGUGCAAACCUCAAAGGGUCUGGCGGACAAAGUCUACUUCCUCCCAUUAACACCAGAGUAUGUCAUCCAGGUGAUAAAGAAUGAGCGUCCAGAUGGUGUUUUGCUCACAUUCGGAGGGCAGACGGCCCUAAACUGUGGCGUGGAGCUCACCAAACUUGGAGUGCUGGAGAAGUACAAAGUGCGUGUGCUUGGAACCUCAGUAGCCUCCAUAGAGAUGACUGAAGAUCGGAAGAUCUUUGUAGAAAAGAUGGAGGAAAUCGGCGAGCAUGUUGCUCCCAGUGAGGCGGCCAUGUCUGUAGAGCAGGCACUGGCUGCAGCGGAACGAAUUGGCUAUCCUGUCCUGGUCCGUUCUGCGUUUGCAUUAGGCGGACUUGGUUCAGGCUUUGCCAAUAAUAGAGAGGAGAUGACAACGCUGGUCACCCAGGCCUUUGCUCACACGUCACAAGUCCUUGUGGAUAAAUCGCUUAAAGGUUGGAAGGAAAUCGAGUAUGAAGUGGUGCGGGAUGCCUACGACAACUGUGUGACGGUUUGUAACAUGGAGAAUAUAGAUCCACUAGGAAUCCACACUGGGGAGUCUAUAGUGGUCGCCCCAAGUCAGACACUGAACGACUACGAAUACAAUAUGCUGAGAAACACGGCCAUCAAAGUUAUUCGCCACUUGGGCAUUGUGGGAGAGUGCAACAUUCAGUACGCCUUAAAUCCAGAAUCUGAGCAGUACUACAUCAUUGAAGUCAACGCUCGUCUCUCACGAAGCUCCGCGUUGGCCAGUAAAGCCACAGGUUACCCGCUGGCCUAUGUGGCGGCUAAACUCGGAUUGGGAAUACCUUUGCCUGUCCUCAGGAAUUCUGUGACUAAUUCCACAACAGCCAACUUUGAGCCCAGUUUGGAUUACUGCGUGGUGAAGGUUCCCCGCUGGGAUCUGAGCAAGUUCCUCAGGGUCAGCACCAAAAUCGGCAGUUCAAUGAAGAGCGUCGGAGAAGUAAUGGCUAUUGGUCGCAGCUUCGAAGAAGCCUUCCAGAAGGCUUUGAGAAUGGUCGACGAAAACUGCGUAGGCUUUGACCACACCAUCAAACCAGUAUCUGAAGAGGAGCUACAGACACCCACAGACAAGCGCAUCUUUGUUCUGGCUGCUGCCCUGCAUGCUGGCUAUACCAUUGAGCGUCUCUAUGAGCUCACCAAAAUAGACCACUGGUUUCUCCACAAGAUGAAAAACAUCACGGACCACGAGAAGCGUCUCCAGACGUAUAACCAGGACGAGAGCGCUAUGCCACCCGAAGUGAUGAGGAAAGCCAAGCAGUUGGGCUUUUCGGACAAACAGAUUGCCCAAGCUGUCCAAAGCACUGAGCUGGCUGUGAGGAAGAUGAGGCAGGGCUGGAAGAUCCUUCCUGUGGUCAAACAGAUUGACACGGUGGCUGCCGAGUGGCCUGCCCAAACCAAUUAUCUGUACUUGACCUAUCAUGGCUCGGAAAGCGACGUGGUCUUCGAAGAGCCCCAUGUUAUGGUAAUCGGCUCCGGGGUGUACCGUAUCGGAAGCAGUGUGGAGUUUGAUUGGUGCGCUGUCGGAUGUAUUAUGGAGCUGAGGAAGAUGGGAUACAAGACGAUUAUGGUGAAUUAUAAUCCAGAAACAGUGAGCACAGAUUAUGAUAUGUGCGAUAGGCUGUACUUCGAUGAGAUCUCUUUUGAGGUUGUGAUGGACAUCUAUGAGAUGGAGAACCCAGAGGGUGUGAUCCUGUCCAUGGGUGGACAGCUGCCCAACAACAUCGCCAUGGCUCUGCAUCGACAGCAGUGUAGGAUCUUGGGCACUUCACCCGACUUCAUUGAUUCUGCGGAGAACCGCUUUAAGUUCUCCAGGAUGCUGGACACAAUAGGAAUCAGUCAGCCCAGAUGGAAAGAGCUGUCUGAUACUGAGUCUGCCAUGGGUUUCUGUGCGACGGUGGGAUAUCCCUGCUUGGUGAGACCAUCGUAUGUUCUCAGCGGAGCUGCUAUGAACGUGGCUUUUUCUGACAGUGAACUGGAGAAGUACUUGGGCAGCGCUGUGGCUUUGUCUAAGGAACAUCCUGUCGUCAUCUCCAAAUUUAUUCAGGAGGCCAAGGAAAUUGAUGUGGACGCUGUGGCUUUUGAGGGAGCGGUCAUCGCCAUCGCGGUAUCUGAGCAUGUGGAGAACGCUGGUGUGCAUUCUGGAGAUGCCACGCUUGUGACCCCUCCUCAGGACAUCAACCAGAAAACCAUGGAACGCAUUAAGAUGAUCGUUCACGCCAUCGGCCAGGAGCUUCAGGUUACCGGACCCUUUAACUUGCAGCUGAUUGCCAAGGAUGACCAGCUGAAGGUGAUCGAAUGCAAUGUUCGAGUCUCGCGCUCCUUCCCCUUCGUGUCUAAAACGCUUGGUGUUGAUCUUGUUGCCCUUGCAACAAGAGUCAUAAUGGGAGAGGAAGUUGAGGAUGUUGGGUUGAUGAAUGGAAACGGAGUUGUGGGAGUUAAGGUUCCACAGUUUUCCUUCUCACGGCUGGCUGGAGCAGAUGUGGUUUUGGGUGUUGAGAUGGUCAGCACUGGAGAAGUGGCAUGCUUUGGAGAGAACAGAUAUGAGGCCUAUCUAAAAGCUAUAAUCAGCACUGGCUUUAAAAUUCCCAAAGAGAAUAUUCUUCUUUCCAUUGGUAGUUUUAAGGCCAAGAGUGAACUACUGCCCACAAUCAAGACUCUGGAGACUCUUGGUUAUAACUUGUACGCCAGUUUGGGCACCGCUGACUUCUACACUGAACAUGGAAUUAAGGUGAUGGCCGUUGAGUGGCCUUUCGAAGAGGAGAAUGACUGUCCGAACAAAGACAAGCAGAGGAACAUCAUGCAUUAUCUGGAGGAGAACCAUUUCGACUUGGUCAUCAAUCUGUCCUUGAGGAACUCAGGUGGAAGGCGUUUGUCUUCCUUUGUGACCAAAGGUUACCGGACACGUCGAAUGGCCAUCGACUACUCUGUACCUCUCAUCACUGACAUCAAGUGCACUAAGCUUUUCGUUAAGGCGCUGAAGCAGAUUGGUCGCGCUCCUCGUGUAAAGACGAAUGUGGACAGUAUGACCUCACAUAAGCUCAUCUGUUUGCCUGGUUUGAUUGACGUCCACGUGCACCUGCGUGAGCCCGGUGCCACCUAUAAAGAGGAUUUCUCCUCUGGGACAUCUGCCGCCCUGGCUGGAGGAAUCACUAUGGUGUGUGCCAUGCCAAACACCAACCCGGCCAUCAUUGACCCAAGCUCGUUCGCUAUGGCGCAGAAGCUUGCCAAGGCUGGAUGUCGCUGCGAUUAUGCGCUUUUCGUGGGGGCUUCAUCAGACAAUGCUACACUUCUUCAAUCCAUUGCAAGUUCCACAGCUGGUCUUAAGAUGUACUUGAAUGACACGUUCUCCACUUUGAAAAUGGACAAUGUUUCUCUGUGGAUGGAGCACUUUGAGAAGUGGCCGAAGCACUUGCCCAUUGUAGCCCAUGCUGAGAAACAAACCGUGGCGGCUAUACUGAUGGUAGCACAGCUUUAUCAGAGACCCGUUCACAUCUGCCAUGUUGCCAAGAAAGAAGAGAUUUUGAUCAUCCGAAUCGCUAAACAAAAGGGGAUCAAGGUGACGUGCGAAGUAGCUCCUCAUCAUCUCUUCCUGUGUGAAGAUAAUGUGUCUAGCAUUGGGGACGGUCGGGCGCAAGUACGGCCCAUGCUGGGUACACGAGAGGAUAUGGAGGCCUUGUGGGAAAAUCUUGAAAUCAUUGACUGUUUUGCCACAGAUCAUGCCCCUCAUUCAGUAGAAGAGAAAAACUCUGAGAAACCACCUCCAGGUUACCCGGGUCUGGAGACGAUGUUGCCUCUGCUUCUCACAGCCGUCAGUGAGGGGCGCCUUACCAUUGAUGACAUCAUCAAGAGGCUAUACGAAAACCCCAGGAGAAUAUUCUCCCUUCCUCCUCAGGAGGACACCUACGUAGAGGUGGAUUUGGAGCAAGAGUGGACGAUUCCCAAGCACAUGCAGUUCACGAAGUCAAAGUGGACUCCGUUUGAGGGCAUGAAAGUUAAAGGGAAAGUCAUGAGGGUGGUGCUUAGAGGAGAGUUGGCUUAUAUUGAUGGACAGGUGUUGGUAGCCCCAGGUUAUGGUCAGGAUGUGAAGUCAUGGCCCACGGCCCCUGCAGGUCCAAAGGGGCUGUUAAAGGAAGGACCCAAGCGUGCAAGUGAUGCCCUGAGUCCUGACAGACCAACACGUGUUGUACUCCCUUCCGAGCCCAUUCGUAACCAUGCAUUGAGCCCGCGCCGGUCAGUCGGAGAUGGACGGUUCAUUCUUCCACCCCGGAUCCACCGUGCAUCUGAUCCCGGUUUGCCUCCAGGUUUGAAAAGAUCCAUCCUAAAACCUCUAAAGAAGAUGGAAUUGGCACCACCACUGGAUGCAUCCAUGCACCCUCCACCUUUGUCCAAGAUAGUGUCACCUAGGGCUGGGUUGCAGCAGAUUGUACCCUACCUGCAGACCUCUCCACUGCUCCACCCACUGGUGGGCCAGCACAUAGUGUCUGUGCGACAGUUUAGUAAGGAUCAGAUGUCUCAUCUGUUUAAUGUGGCACACACUUUGCGUCUCCUGGUGCAGAAAGAAAAAUCAUUGGAUAUUUUGAAGGGUAAAGUCAUGGCCUCCAUGUUCUAUGAGGUGAGCACUCGCACCAGCAGCUCAUUCAGCGCGGCCAUGCAACGUCUGGGUGGCACGGUGGUGCAUUUCAGCGAGUCCACGUCCUCCACGCAGAAGGGCGAAUCUCUGGCAGACUCUGUCAACAGCAUGAGCUGCUAUGCUGAUGUCAUAGUUCUGCGCCAUCCCUUACCUGGAGCUGUAGAGAGUGCAGCAAGACAUUGUCGGCGUCCAGUGAUCAACGCUGGUGAUGGGGUUGGAGAACAUCCUACUCAGGCUCUUUUGGAUGUCUUCACAAUCCGACAGGAGCUUGGCACGGUCAAUGGCAUGACUAUUACCAUGGUUGGUGACCUGAAACAUGGGCGCACUGUGCAUUCUCUGGCUAGACUUCUCACUCAGUACAGGAUCACUUUGCGCUACGUGGCUCCAAAGAACCUCAGCAUGCCCGAUGAGAUCAUCGAAUUUGUGGCCUCCAAAGGCAUUAAACAGGAGGAGUUUAACAGCAUUGAAGAGGCGCUACCGGAAACCGAUGUACUAUACAUGACUAGAAUACAGAAGGAGCGUUUCGCCUCUGAAGAAGAGUACAAAGCGUGUUUUGGCCAGUUCAUCCUAACACCACACAUCAUGACUGGAGCUAAAAGGAAGAUGGUGGUCAUGCAUCCUCUCCCAAGAGUCAAUGAGAUCAGUGUGGAGGUUGACACGGAUCCCAGAGCUGCAUACUUUCGGCAGGUGGAGAAUGGGAUGUAUAUAAGGAUGGCACUGCUGGCCACUGUGCUGGGUCGGUGAGAAGGCUGUCGUGGUUCAGACAAUUCAUCAUUUUAAAGGAAAUAUUGUGCCUGGCAACACUCUAAAUGCAUAAUAGUUUGUUGUGUACUCUCUGUAGUGCUAAAUAAUUUUGAAUAGUGAAUGAAUAAAGUUACAUAAGUAUUUGAUUUAAUGGUAAUAUAAACCACAGUUGGGUGUGGUUACCUCUUUCCACUUUCAUCUCAGUUAUGGAGUUAUUGUACUGUGUUUGUGCAACGCUUUAGAAUUUUGGGUCGGUCUUAGACGUGCCCGCUCGCAAUUUCCUUUCAGAUUCAGCAAAACCUUUUUAGAUUUAUUUUUAUUACCACAUAUAUCGCUCCCAUUUUCAAUGCAAUUGUGCAUUUCAAAAAUGCAGGUAUAUUUAAAAUACACAGUGUAUUGAAUCUUCUGACAUUACAGAAAAUUAUUAUUGGGGGGAACCUUUAAUAGCUUUACCAUCCUGAUGCAAAUAUUUGACAAAUAAUCUUGCUACUCAAUUCCUGAUUGAAACUUGAAAAAUUGACCAGAUGUGUUGUACUGCAACUGCUUUUGUAAUGUAUUUUAGACAAUAAAAUGUGCAUCUGUGA